AUGGCCUCCAUGAGUUUUUUAAACAAGUGGAAGCCGGGCGUGGGGGGCGGGUUGGCCAACGGCACCAAAGAUACGCAGAAGAAAAAGGAGGAGCCACCGCCAGAGGCUACGCCGCUGGAGAAAAUGCUGCAGAAUGCCGGCCCUGUACGGCAGGACGGCAGUGAUAAUUUGGAAACACAUGUCCAAGCGUUGUACUAUACAGUGCCCUUCCGCGAACAUGUUCUCAGCUAUCCGCCGCUGUCGCCUGCCGACACGCCCGCAGAAGGAUACAAGCCGAAAGUCAACGUCGUCGUUCGAGCGCCCACCGAGAAUGGCAAUGCACAGAAUGGCAACAAGCCGCUGUCUACAGCAGAAGCUUUGGCAAGGCGAAAACAGAUCAACUCAGGCCAGGUCCCGCCGGGGCAGGUCAAGCCCGAAGAUAAGCCCGACUCCCCAGAGUGGAAAAAGAAGCAGGCCAUGCUCAAGGGACCAAUCUUGGAACUGGCACAGGAGAACCCCGGAGCCUAUGGAAUGGACGAGUGCUCAUUCACUGGGUUGCGGGACAUCUUCAUGACCUUGGUCGACAGCAGCAGCCGGACGGGCGUGCUGAGUCCUCAGCGGUUUCUUGAAAUCUUCAAGCGCGACAACGAGAUGUUCCGAAACUCCAUGCACCAGGAUGCGCACGAAUUCUACGGUCUUGUCUUGAACGACGUCAUCUCGAACGUGGAGGCAAAUGCGCGGAAAUUGUUGGAUCAGGAGGCAAGAAGGGCACAGGACGGGUUGGUCAAAUCCGUCGAGUCUGCCCUGGGAGCAACUGUGACCCAUGCGUCGAACGGCACCAACUCACCAGGCACAGGCUGGGUCCAUGACAUUUUUGAGGGUGUACUAACUUCCGAGACAAAAUGUUUGACCUGUGAGACGACGUCCCAAAGGGACGAGACGUUCUUGGAUCUGUCAAUCGAUCUGGAAGAGCACUCGUCGGUGACUUCGUGUCUGCAGAAGUUCUCUGCUGAGGAAAUGCUCUGCGAGAGAAACAAGUUCCAUUGCGACCAUUGCGGCGGCCUGCAGGAGGCUGAGAAGCGCAUGAAAAUUAAGCAACUGCCAAAGGUCCUGGCAUUGCAUCUGAAACGCUUCAAGUACACGGAGGACUAUAGCCGCCUGCAGAAGCUGUUCCACAGGGUGGUGUAUCCAUACCACUUGCGCAUGUUCAACACGACAGAUGACGCCGAGGACCCGGACCGCCUUUACGAGUUAUACGCUGUUAUCAUUCAUAUCGGCGGGAAUGCAUACCACGGCCACUAUGUCUCAGUCAUCAAAACUGAAGACCGUGGUUGGCUGUUGUUCGAUGACGAGAUGGUGGAGCCGGUCGACAAGCAUUACGUACGGAACUUCUUUGGGGAUAAGCCCGGUAUGGCCUGCGCGUACGUGCUUUUCUACAAGGAGACGACUUUUGAGAAGGUGCGCGCGGAGCAGGAAGCCGAAGGCCUUGAAGAGGUGCGAAUAGUCAGCGAAAAGGCAAACAUGGCUCAGGAGACCGCCGCACAGACGAAUGGCACUGGGCCGGGUCUCACACGACAGGCUACCCAGCCGAUCUCACCAACGGAGGAGCAGGCGCUUGUUAAUUUGGACCAUGCGGCUACUGCCCCGGAGCUACCUUCAAACCCCCAGGAGGUCUCGAUAACGCAACUGGAUGGAUCUGCGCCACCGACUGUCGCAAGCUUGACGAGGUCAGACACCAAACCGAAGAGCGACAAGAGCCGGGAAAAGAAGGAGGCCAAAGCUGCCGAGAAAGCUCGCAAGGUCGCUGAGAAGGAGGAACUCAAGGCCAAGGAAAAGGCGCGCAAAGAAAGAGAAGCGCAGCUGCGGGAAGCGCGCAAAUCCGAGGCGGACGAACUGCGCAGAGCUCUCGAGGAGAGCAAGAAGUUGGCUGCCGAAGAGGAAAAGGCCAAGAAGGAGGAGCCCGCCACAGGCUCGACCAGUAGCCCCGGCCUGCUCAAUAGGUCACAUAGAGGGAGCAAGUCCAUGUCCAGGCGGAGUUUCGGCUUUCUGGGCAAGGACAAGGCUAGAAGGGACUCGAACGAUGUUGCGCCGCCGGUGCCUCCAGCGCUAGCAGAGGAGGAGAGCGUCGAGCAAAGCAACGGAAGCCCAAGCAAGCCGAGCCAGACUCAGGCUACCCACAAGGUCAAAGAGCGGUUUAGCUUCAGCAUAGGACGGAAGAAGAGCACCAAUGUUCUGUCAUAG